AGUGAGAGUUACCGUCAGUGUGUUUGGACAGUUAGAGAAAGAAAGAAAACAGGAAGGGAAAGAAAAUGGAGGAAGACUGAUCUAUUUUCCUGCGUUCCUAUUGGUGCUUGUGGUCUGCCCGGAAGUAACGUCACAGGAAUUUUGGACGUUUCAAAGCCCAGAAUGCGUGAUUAACAGCAACCCCCACAAACACCCAGUCUUAAACACGGCCAUCAACUGGAUUAAACUCGAGGCGGUCAGUAAAAUGUCCCCUACUUUCUACUUGGCGUAUCGCGGCUCUACUUGGCACGCUGAGGGGGACUGUAGGCUCAAGGCAAGGCAUCUGUACAGGGUGAAGAAGCUCAGCAAGCAUGUCUUUGGCUUCGAUCCCAUCUGGCCCGAGGGAAGUGAGGUUAUCAAGUGUAGCAAGAAUUUUGGACUCACUGAUAGAUCGUUUGGGUUCAUCUCCUGUGCUCAAGAUGAAAAACAAGCGUCUGAGGCAGCAAAGGAGUGGCUGGACAGUCUGCCCUUCGCCUACACAUGGGAGUUGGUGUGGGCGGGCGUGGGUGUGGGCGUGUUACUGCUGGUGGUGAUGGUGGUGGUCCUCAUCAUUAGACACAAGAGAAUGCACCAAGCUUCUUUGCGUGUGACUUGAGUGUGUGCGUGCGUGUUACUUUUUUUUUUAUUUCUUGAUUUUUUGGCGUUUUUUUGCAGUUUUUCUCAUUUGUUUGUAUUUUGAUAUAUUUGUAUUUUUCUUCUAUAAAUUUUUUGUCUUGUAUUCCAUCUAUUACUUCCUUUCCUCUCACAGUGUCUAUAUUUAUCUAUCUAUCGUUCUAUAUCUAUCACCUAUUUCUAUCUAUCUAUCUAUCUAUCUAUCCAUCACCAUUUUCUCUAUUUAUCUAUCUACCCAUCGUUUUCUCUAUCUAUCUGUGUGUGUGUUUUCUACUUUUGGAUAUCAAAUUUUAAGCAAGCUUGUACAUCAACAGCAAUAAAAAAACACCAAAAACAAACAAGAUUAUUAAAUUCAUCUGGUUUUUCUUGUCGAUCUUCCAAAAUUCUUCGUCAGAGAGAGAGAGAGAGAGAGAGAGAGAGAGAGAGAGAGAGAGAGAGAGAGAGAGAGAGAGAGAGAGAGAGUGGGGUAACAAAUCAAACAACACAAUAAUUUGAGUGUCUUAAAAUUAGUUAUUUAUUAAUUUUUUGUUCAUUGCAUUCCGUUCAUUACAAAGAUAUACAUUUGUUACAAUAUUCCUGUAUUUUUUUUUUUUUUUCUUGUUUUUUCUUGUUUUUUUUCUUUUCUCAACAAAGUCACGUGUUUCAAUCAUUUUUUUUUUUUUUGCGUUCCUAACUUCAUCUUGUUGCUUGAUACUUCGCUCCUAACUGGCUGUGUCUGUAACUUACCACUACCACACAUAGUACAUGCACUAUUACACCUUCCUAACUUUGCUGUGUCUAUUACCACACACAUACUCAUUCACCUUCCUAACUGGUUGUGUCUCUAACUUACACUACCAUACACCCGUUCAUGUUCCUAACUUGGCUGUCUCUAAUUAGUUCACCUUCCUAAUUGGUUGUGUCUCUAACUUACAAUACCACAUAUUCGUUCACCUUCCUAACUUGGCUGUCCCUUACAUUAUUACAAACCCGUUCACGUUCCUAACUGGCUGUGUCUCUAACUUACACUAGCGCACACACACACACACUCAUUCACCUUCCUAACUUAUCUGUGUUCCUAACUUACCCCACACACACUCAUUCCUUCUCUCUAUGAACCCACUUUUAUUUUUUUUAUUAUUAUUCUCUCUCUCUCUCUCUCUCUCUCUCUCUCUCUCUCCAAUUCACUAAUAAUUUUUCCUUCUCACUAUAUAUAAAUCUACAAGUUUCUAUUUUAAUUCUUUCUUUCCUUCCUCUCUCUCUCUCUCUCUCUCUCUCUCUCUCUCCUUCAAUUUUCCUGGUUUUCCAAUUCUCUUAUAUCUUUUCCUUCUCUCUUAAUAAAUCCACCUUUUUUAUUCCCCUCCUAAAGAUUUAUCAGCCAUUAUUUUCAUUAUUUCUUUUUCUUUUCAUUUUCCUUCAUUUGUAUCCCCACUCACACUUCCAUUUCAUCUUUUUCCUUCUGCAUAAAUUAACUGAUUUUUUUUCCUCCUCCUAUAUAUUUAUCAGUCAUUAUUUUCAUUAUUUCUUUUCAUUUUCAUUCUUAUUCAUUUGUUUUCCCACUAACAAUGUCCUCUGAAUAACUUCACUAAUAUAUUUUUCCUCCUACACAUUUAUCAAGCAUUGUUUUCAUUCCCCUGUCCUUUUUUUCUUCCUUUUCUUCUUUUUUCUCUUGUUUUCACACUAACAAAAACAAUUUAUUACUUUUCUUCUCUAUAUAAAUUCACAUCGUCAAUUUUUCUUCCUCUUACGAAUUUAUCAACCAUUAAUUUCGUUUUCCUAACAAUUCAUUUUUCUUCUCUAUAUAAACCCACAUCGACUUAAUUUUCCUGCUGUCAGAUCCUCAACCACUACACAGACUAACACUCUGCCCACUUCUUACCUAAUGCUUUGUACCAAUAGUGAAAGCACGGAUUCAUUCAUUAUUUGUCUAACUCAAAAAUAAGAAAC